CUUACACGCUUAACUAUAAUGAUCUUGGCCUAUUAUGCUAUUCUGGAAGAGGAAAAAAGACCCUCAUAUCCUCUAUCCAGUCCCAGGGACUAUAUCAGAAGCAACUGCUGCAAAGUCUCACUACAAGGUCAAUCAAGACAAGGCUGGGAGAAAUGGUGACGCGAGCAACCCGUUGAAGGAGGAUGCCCAACAGCAUCAAGGGACUUUUUCAGACUCUAAACAUGUGGAGAAGUACGGCCUCUUCAUACUUCAUGACCAGCCUUCGGACGAGCCCGGUGUCGUUGACAUCAUUGCGAUCCACGGUCUCAAUGGGCACUACGACAAAACCUGGUCUACGGAAUCAGCAGAAGGAGACCGUGUCAAUUGGUUGAAAGACUUCUUACCGCAGAGAAUCCCGUACGCUAGAAUUCUAAGUUAUGGGUAUAAUUCUACAGUGCAGUUCAGCAAGGCUGCGGCAGGUGUCAACACGUUCGCCGAGCAACUCCUCGAAGACAUACUCUCAGUCCGGCUACAUCCCAUGGAACGCAUGCGACCUAUUCUGUUCAUCUGUCACAGCUUAGGUGGAAUUGUCUUCAAGAAAGCGAUCAUCAGGGCACAUCAACGAGAGCGAUUCGAAUUCCUUCGGUCGAAUUUCUGCGGUGUCGCAUUUUUCGGAACGCCUCAUAGAGGAUCAACUCUGGCACCAUGGGGUAGUAUCUUUGCCAAUAUUCUGAAGGCAUCGAGUCUUGGUCUUCAUACGAAUGCUGCGCUGGUGCGAGAUUUGGAACAGAAUUCCGCAAUGCUGAGUGAUACCAUUCGAUCGUUUGUCGAUUACGGAAAGGAUUUAUCCAUUCUGAGUUUCUAUGAAACGGAUAAAAUGGAAGGUUUAAACUCUAAGGUAGUGGACGAGCCUUCAGCAGUACUUGGUCUGCCAAAUGAGACAGCAAUUGCGAUCAACGGAGACCACCGCAGUAUUUGUCAAUUUUCAAGCAGAAACUCGAAUACUUUUCGCAAUGUUUGGACUAAUCUGAAAACGAUGGCUGAUCAGACAGCUAAACCUUGGACUAACGACGACGAGAGAUUUUACAACAGCCUCCUGAGAGGAGAUUAUGAAUCUUACAGAGAGCGAAACCCCGAAAGAGUCGAGGGUACAUGUGAAUGGCUUUUAAAUCACAAGCAGUACCAAGACUGGGAACAGAAACACUCUUCCGCAGUUUUGUGGGUUUCAGCAGAUCCUGGCUGUGGAAAAUCCGUCCUCAUGUCCUUCCUCGUGAAUCAUCUGAAAUCUAAGAAUAACUGGAGGGGCAGCGGAGAGAAAGAUAUUGCGACUACUCCAAAAACAGUAGACUCGGUCUGCCACUUCUUUUUCAAGGACGACAACGAAGACCAAAGAGACCUUUCCUGUGCUUUAAGCGCAAUCCUGCAUCAAAUAUUUAAAACACAGCCAGAGUUACUCCAUCAAAUAAUCGAAGACGAGAAAUUGACGAAUUUCGGGAUAACAAAAAACUCUCAUACCCUUUGGAAGAUGUUUGAGACUACAGUACGCCAACGACAAGCUCAAAAUAUUACCGUUAUCUUGGACGCCUUAGAUGAAUGUCAAGAGACCUCGGUGGGCUUUUUGACAUCUAAGCUCUGCCAAUUCUAUUCGAGAGGCGCCGACGAACUUGAAAAACCCCCAUUCAUAAAGUUUAUUGUCACCAGUCGUCCCGAGAACGCUAUAAAAGCUGCAUUUCUAAAGCUACCUACGAUCAGAUUGCGAGGAGAGGACGAAGUUGAAGCCAUUAGCAAGGACGUUGAACGUGUGAUUCUAGCAAAUAUUGAGGAUCUGGUGGCCCAUGGACUCCCAAAGAAGACCCUAACGGAUCUGCAGAAAAGGCUUGUUGAUGGCGCAGAUCGGACAUUCCUUUGGACGACACUGAUGAUCAAAUUGCUCAAGGACGCAAGUGUUCGGGGAGCUUCUCGGAAGGAAAUGAUUGCCAUUCUGUCAAGUCGAGAUAUUUAUGCCUUGUAUGAUCGAUUACUGGAGAGGAGUACGAACUUGUCUGAGGCGACAAAGAUGCUUCGAUUGGUCGUCGGUGCUGCAAGACCCCUGACACUCGAGGAAAUGAACAGCGCACUAGCUACCGACAUCACUAAGCGCAUAUUCGACGACUUGGAUGAUGAUCUCAAACAUCCUUUCGAGAACUAUCUGAAGUCACUGUGUGGACACUUCUUGAGGGUGAUUCGGUCCAAAGUCUAUUUCGUCCACCAAACGGCGAGAGAAUAUUUGCUGGAAAACCGCCAAAGCAAGAUUUUGAUCCGUUCGGUUAUCCCAGCCUCCUUGAUUGACCUAGACUCGGCACACGACAUGUCGCUGAGGGCGUGCAUCGCAACGAUGUAUCUUCUUUGCUCUCGGACCGAACACGAAACGCGAAUGAGAAUGGGUGAGAAUUACGCUAGCGAAUGUCUCUCCCUUCCAAACCACGAAUUCCUACACUAUGCAUCUAUGUACUGGCCUCUACAUCUGUCAAAGCGACUGGAAAAAUCACAAGAAGGCUUUCUUGCAUGGUAUAGAACCUAUACAGAACCAGGCUCGCCAGAUUAUCCGAAGGCACUUGAGAAUCGAUACCUGCAAGGGCUCAACCAUGACGCCUGGCACCUCUCGCCAUCCACAGCCUUUGUUGUCAAAUCUUUGGUUGGUUUACAUAAUAUCAUCCAAACACUUGAUAAAUGCAAGGACACAAUAGAUCCUGAGGUGCUCAAAAUUCAUUUGAAACGCUUGAAUCUGAGCUUACAAAAGCUGAGCCGCGAACUUGGCAUCGAUCUCAACUCGACAUGGAUAGGGAACGAAAUCGACGAAACUGACGAAAGAACACCAGCAAACCAAAAUCGAAAUAAGGAGAAAAAUGCCCUUGAUAAAGUUGGGUUCGUGGAUAUUGUAUCUCAGAGCCAGAUAGAGGCGCAGAAAAGGCUCGGAUUUGCCCAUACGGUGUACGGGUCAGGCCCACCGAAAUUUGGCCGCCAGGACAUUGGCUUCAGAUCGAUGACUUGA